AGGUGUGGCUUGUGAUGGAGAGUAGCCUAUAAGCCCUCAUGCUCUCGACAGACAGACUCAUUUCAGCAACUCCGAAUCAGUAAUUGAACAACAACAACAACAGAAGCCAAAGUGAAAAUGUACGGAAAUAACGGCAGUAUUUUAACAAUGUGCAUUCAAAUCCUGAAUGUCAUAUCAGUAAAUGAAGCUUUUAGAGUGGAGUUGUUUCCAUUAAAGUCCGUGGUGGUUCCUGUUGGCAGUGCUCUGGAGUUAAACUGUCGCGUGAAUGAUUGUCCGGGUGACGCGAGCUUCUUCUGGAGUACUCUUGGAGACUAUUCUCACGGUGGAGUUAUUGAGGACAACCACACUGUUUCCGUUUCCCGACUCAUCUUCAACUACAUCUUACCUGAACACAGUAAAGACAUUUUGUGCAAAGCUCAAUGCUCGGAACAACUGGGAUGGAAAACCGCUGUCGUACAAGUGUAUUCAUUUCCAACAGAUCCUGUGGUAGCCAGAAUAAAACAUUUCAAAGCAAACCAAGUACAAAGGCUCAGCUGCACCAUCCACAACAUUUACCCUGCAGAAAAGUUUAAAAUUGAGUGGAUUCGUGAAGAUAAGACCUUACUCGAGGUAGAACCUGACGAUUCUGGGUCAAAGGACUAUAACGAUGUUCAGAAUUUCUCCUCUACGUUCAACUACACUCCUUCUGUCACUGAUCUGGGCAAGAAUAUCAGCUGCAGGGUAACACUCAAUCUCCCUGAUUUCCCUUUUGAGUCGUACAGAUCAAGUCGUACAACAACUCUUGAAUAUGGACCUGGAACAAUUAACGUUUCCAGUAAUAACGCAAUAGUACAGCUUGGGGAACAUUUGGAGAUAACAUGUCAUGCCGAUGGAAAUCCUCAACCAAAAAUCCUGUGGAGGAAAAUUGGGGAGAGCAAUCCCAUAGCUGUGGGUCAGAAUGAGAAGCUGGUAAUAAACAAUGCUUCCUCAUCUCAGGCAGGUCUGUACAAGUGUGAAGCAAGAAAUGAGGUGGGGAGCCUACAAAUGCCAGUGAACGUCAUAGUUAAUGUUUCCAAAAUCCAGCAAGAGAAUGGUGUAGACUCAAGUGAAGCUAAAAAUGACUUUGGGAUGAAUAUAAGCAUAAUCAACAAUAAAGUUAAAGUUCCUCUAAAGAGCCCCAAAAACCAGCUGGAGAAUGGUGUAGACCCAAGUGAAGCUAAAUAUGACGGGAUGAAUAUAAGCAUGAUUAACAAUACAGUUAAAGUUCCUACAAAGAUCCCCAAAAGCCAGCUGGAGAAUGGUGUUUAUCCAAGUGAAGCUAAUAAUGACUUUGGGAUGAAUAUAAGCAUGAUUAACGUUACAGUUAAAGAACUACAGGACAUUUCCACGACACCAGACCUACCAACAGUCAUAGUGCCAGCUGUAGGGUCAGUGUCUUUUCUGACUGCAAUAGCUGUGCUGAUCCGAUACCUUAGGAAAAUCAAGAGAAACUCUUUCAACAUACCAAUGAACUAAACCAAUAAUCUUGGAACCCUGACAAUGCAACAUCAUCCGUGGAUUUUUAUCUAUACAAUUUCUCAUAAACAGGUAUGCAUACAUUGCUGGGCUGUGUAUUUGGUAUUUGUUAUUUAUGUAUAUUGCAUAUUUAGAUUAACUUUCGUAAUAAGUAAAAAUAAUACAUAGUAUAUUAAAGGCGGAGUCCAUGAUGUUUGAAAGCCAAUGUUGAUAUUUGAAAUCACCUAAACAAACACGCCCCUACCCCAAUAGAAUCUGGACCUUCUGUUGAUAGACCCAUCCCACACAUACGCAACCCGGCAUUUGAUUUGAUUUGAUUGGCUAUAAGUGUGUUUUGGUAGUCAGCCCGUCUCCCUUUCCAAAGCGUUUUUUCAAACAUCGUGGACUCCGCCUUUAAGGCAUAAUGUAAAUAGACACAAUUCAAGAUGUAUAUGUGUAUUGUAUUGUUUCCAUAUUGUUUUGGUAUAUUUUUCUUUUUUUAAUUUGAAGAACUGAACUGUUUCCUUUAAAAUUUCGAAGUCUCCAUCUUAAACUAUUUAGCAGUUAAAGUUUAUACUUAAAAUUUAACCAUUAGAAACAACCUUACUAUUUUGUGCCUUUUUCAAUUUUAUAGAAAAGCUUUCAAACUGUAGACUGUUCAUCUCAUUUAGGGGGCAUGUGCACCAAAGCUAUUACGCUCGCGGCCGGCGCAUGUUUCAGUUGUUUCAGCGUUUCUCAAAAAAGACAGCGGCUAGCAUUUGUUUUCCACGCUUAAAGGACAAGUUUGGUAUUUUACACUUAAAGCUAUGUUUUCAGAUUGUUUAUGAUGAAAUAGAACGGUUUUGAUUGAAAUUUGGACA